ACACCAGGCCACGCCGGUCAAGUUGUUUCUCCUCCAGGAGAAACAUUCGCUAGGCCUUGUUGCCAACCCGCAGGCAGCUGGGCGCUUCAUCCCACCCUCACCCCUUUCCAGCCAAGGUGCCUGAUCGGAGUCAGGCUCUCGAGGUCGCAUUGCCACGAAACAGCGUGUGUGAGCGCGUCGUCCCCGGCCCCCGGCGCCACUUCCCCUCGGCCUAGCAGCCUGGGCUGGGGAAGGACAGGUCUGCUGUACCCGGGAAGUGGAAGGAAAAGCAGAAAGCGGAGAAGUGUGCGGGAGGGGAGUCUCCGCGCGGAGGCAGCCCGGCCUCCUCCUGUGCAGGCUGCGCGCUGGGGAGCCAGCCAGGCUGAGUCACUCCCGGCCGCGUCCCUGGAGGGCGGCGGCCACACCCACACCCGCCCAUCUAGUGAGGGCCGGGCCCAGCGCUGGCACCUAGCUCCAGCCGGGCACCAGUGUUUCGCGAGGCGCCGCCGCCUUAACUUCCUUGCGCGCUCACGCCCAGGGGCCGUCCCAGGAAUCUCCACGCGCGCUCGCCGGCUUCCCGAGAGGCAGCUGCCCUGCGUGGCCCGCGCCUGCAGGUCCCGCGACCAGCACCGAGCGGCGCACGCGCACUGCAGGACGCGCGUCCGGCUCUCCCCCAGCCUCUAUCCGGCCCAGUCUCCUGCCAUUCGGGGAGACUGCGGGCCAACCGGGAGGCUGAGUUCGAAGCUAGCCGGGCGGCGAAGCCAGUGUCGCCCGCGGCGUUGAGAAGACGGUGUGGCCCCGGAGAGGGUGGAGACAACUGUGACGGGCUUCCCGGCUGCCCGAAGUGGGAGUGGCGUGGGGCUGCAGGAAGGAGAGAGGAAGAGGAGCAGAAGGGGGCAGCAGCGGACGCCGCUAACGGCCUCCCUCGGCGCUGAGAGGCUGGGCCGGCGCCCGGCUCGCUUGGGUGUUCGCGUCGCCACUUCGGCUUCUCGGCCGGUCGGGCCCCUCGGCCCGGGCUUGCGGCGCGCGUCGGGGCUGAGGGCUGCUGCGGCGCAGGGAGAGGCCUGGUCCUCGCUGCCGAGGGAUGUGAGUGGGAGCUGAGCCCACACUGGAGGGCCCCCGAGGGCCCAGCCUGGAGGUCGUUCAGAGCCGUGCCCGCCUCGGGGCUUCGCAGACCUUGGCCCGCCGGGUUUCAGAAGCAGGCAACAGGAACAAGAUGUGAACUGUUUCUCUUCUGCAGAAAAAGAGGCUCUUCCUCCUCCUCCCGCGACGGCAAAUGUUCUGAAAAAGACUCUGCAUGGGAAUGGCCUGCCUUACGAUGCCAGAAAUGGAGGGAACAUCCGCCUCUUCUAUAUAUCAGAAUGGUGAUAUUUCUGGAAAUGCCAAUUCUAUGAAGCAAAUAGAUCCAGUUCUUCAGGUGUAUCUUUACCAUUCCCUUGGGAAAUCUGAGGCAGAUUAUCUGACCUUUCCAUCCGGGGAGUAUGUUGCAGAAGAAAUCUGUAUUGCUGCUUCUAAAGCUUGUGGUAUCACACCUGUGUAUCAUAAUAUGUUUGCUUUAAUGAGUGAAACAGAAAGGAUCUGGUAUGCACCCAACCAUGUCUUCCAUAUAGAUGAGUCAACCAGGCAUAAUGUACUCUACAGAAUAAGAUUUUACUUUCCUCGUUGGUACUGCAGUGGCAGCAACAGAGCCUAUCGGCAUGGAAUAUCUCGAGGUGCUGAAGCUCCUCUUCUUGAUGACUUUGUCAUGUCUUACCUCUUUGCUCAGUGGCGGCAUGAUUUUGUGCAUGGAUGGAUAAAAGUACCUGUGACUCAUGAAACACAGGAAGAAUGUCUUGGGAUGGCAGUGUUAGAUAUGAUGAGAAUAGCCAAAGAAAACGAUCAAACCCCACUGGCCAUCUAUAACUCUAUCAGCUACAAGACAUUCUUACCAAAAUGUAUUCGAGCAAAGAUCCAAGACUAUCAUAUUUUGACAAGGAAGCGAAUAAGGUACAGAUUUCGCAGAUUUAUUCAGCAAUUCAGCCAAUGCAAAGCCACUGCCAGAAACUUGAAACUUAAGUAUCUUAUAAAUCUGGAAACUCUGCAGUCUGCCUUCUACACAGAGAAAUUUGAAGUAAAAGAACCUGGAAGUGGUCCUUCAGGUGAGGAGAUUUUUGCAACCAUUAUAAUAACUGGAAACGGUGGAAUUCAGUGGUCAAGAGGGAAACAUAAAGAAAGUGAGACACUGACAGAACAGGAUUUACAGUUAUAUUGCGAUUUUCCUAAUAUUAUUGAUGUCAGUAUUAAGCAAGCAAACCAAGAGGGUUCAAAUGAAAGCCGAGUUGUAACUAUCCAUAAGCAAGAUGGUAAAAAUCUGGAAAUUGAACUUAGCUCAUUAAGGGAAGCUUUGUCUUUCGUGUCAUUAAUUGAUGGAUAUUAUAGAUUAACUGCAGAUGCACAUCAUUACCUCUGUAAAGAAGUAGCACCUCCAACCGUGCUUGAAAAUAUACAAAGCAACUGUCAUGGCCCAAUUUCGAUGGAUUUUGCCAUUAGUAAACUGAAGAAAGCAGGUAAUCAGACUGGACUGUAUGUACUUCGAUGCAGUCCUAAGGACUUUAAUAAAUAUUUUUUGACUUUUGCUGUCGAGCGAGAAAAUGUCAUUGAAUAUAAACACUGUUUGAUUACAAAAAAUGAGAACGAAGAGUACAACCUCAGUGGGACAAAGAAGAACUUCAGCAGUCUUAAAGAUCUUUUGAAUUGUUACCAGAUGGAAACUGUUCGCUCAGACAAUAUAAUUUUCCAGUUUACUAAAUGCUGUCCCCCAAAGCCAAAAGAUAAAUCAAACCUUCUAGUCUUCAGAACGAAUGGUGUUUCUGAUGUACCAACCUCACCAACAUUACAGAGGCCUACUCAUAUGAACCAAAUGGUGUUUCACAAAAUCAGAAAUGAAGAUUUGAUAUUUAAUGAAAGCCUUGGCCAAGGCACUUUUACAAAGAUUUUUAAAGGCGUACGAAGAGAAGUAGGAGACUACGGUCAACUGCAUGAAACAGAAGUUCUUUUAAAAGUUCUGGAUAAAGCACAUAGAAACUAUUCAGAGUCUUUCUUUGAAGCAGCAAGUAUGAUGAGCAAGCUUUCUCACAAGCAUUUGGUUUUAAAUUAUGGAGUAUGUGUCUGUGGAGACGAGAAUAUUCUGGUUCAGGAGUUUGUAAAAUUUGGAUCACUAGAUACAUAUCUGAAAAAGAAUAAAAAUUGUAUAAAUAUAUUAUGGAAACUUGAAGUUGCUAAACAGUUGGCAUGGGCCAUGCAUUUUCUAGAAGAAAACACCCUUAUUCAUGGGAAUGUAUGUGCCAAAAAUAUUCUGCUUAUCAGAGAAGAAGACAGGAAGACAGGAAAUCCUCCUUUCAUCAAACUUAGUGAUCCUGGCAUUAGUAUUACAGUUUUGCCAAAGGACAUUCUUCAGGAGAGAAUACCAUGGGUACCACCUGAAUGCAUUGAAAAUCCUAAAAAUUUAAAUUUGGCAACAGACAAGUGGAGUUUUGGCACCACUUUGUGGGAAGUCUGCAGUGGAGGAGAUAAACCUCUAAGUGCUCUGGAUUCUCAAAGAAAGCUACAAUUUUAUGAAGAUAGGCAUCAGCUUCCUGCACCAAAGUGGGCAGAAUUAGCAAACCUUAUAAAUAAUUGUAUGGAUUAUGAACCAGAUUUCAGGCCUUCUUUCAGAGCCAUCAUACGAGAUCUUAACAGUUUGUUUACUCCAGAUUAUGAACUAUUAACAGAAAAUGACAUGUUACCAAAUAUGAGGAUAGGUGCCCUAGGGUUUUCUGGUGCCUUUGAAGACCGGGAUCCUACACAGUUUGAAGAGAGACAUUUGAAAUUUCUGCAGCAACUUGGCAAGGGUAAUUUUGGGAGUGUGGAGAUGUGCCGGUAUGACCCUCUACAGGACAACACUGGGGAGGUGGUCGCUGUAAAAAAGCUUCAGCAUAGUACUGAAGAGCACCUAAGAGACUUUGAAAGGGAAAUUGAAAUCCUGAAAUCCCUACAACAUGACAACAUUGUAAAGUACAAGGGAGUGUGCUACAGUGCUGGUCGGCGUAAUCUAAAAUUAAUUAUGGAAUAUUUACCAUAUGGAAGUUUACGAGACUAUCUUCAAAAACAUAAAGAACGGAUAGAUCACAUAAAACUUCUGCAGUACACAUCUCAGAUAUGCAAGGGUAUGGAGUAUCUUGGUACAAAAAGGUAUAUCCACAGGGAUCUGGCAACGAGAAAUAUAUUGGUGGAGAAUGAGAACAGAGUUAAAAUUGGAGAUUUUGGGUUAACCAAAGUCUUGCCACAAGACAAAGAAUACUAUAAAGUAAAAGAACCUGGUGAAAGUCCCAUAUUCUGGUAUGCUCCAGAAUCACUGACAGAGAGCAAGUUUUCUGUGGCCUCAGAUGUUUGGAGCUUUGGAGUGGUUCUGUAUGAACUUUUCACAUACAUUGAGAAGAGUAAAAGUCCACCAGCGGAAUUUAUGCGUAUGAUUGGCAACGACAAACAAGGACAGAUGAUCGUGUUCCAUUUGAUAGAACUUUUGAAGAAUAAUGGAAGAUUACCAAGACCAGAUGGAUGCCCAGAUGAGAUCUAUAUGAUCAUGACAGAAUGCUGGAACAAUAAUGUAAAUCAACGCCCCUCCUUUAGGGAUCUAGCUCUUCGAGUGGAUCAAAUAAGGGAUAACAUGGCUGGAUGAAAGAAAUGACCUUCAUUCUGAGACCAAAGUAGAUUUACAGAACAAAGUUUUAUAUUUCACAUUGCUGUGGACUAUUAUUACAUAUAUCAUUAUUAUAUAAAUCAUGAUGCUAGCCAGCAAAGAUGUGAAAAUAUCUGCUCAAAACUUUCAAAGUUUAGUAAGUUUUUCUUCAUGAGGCCACCAGUAAAAGACAUUAAUGAGAAUUCCUUAGCAAGGAUUUUGUAAGAAGUUUCUUAAACAUUGUCAGUUAACAUCACUCUUGUCUGGCAAAAGAAAAAAAAUAGACUUUUUCAACUCAGCUUUUUGAGACCUGAAAAAAUUAUUAUGUAAAUUUUGCAAUGUUAAAGAUGCACAGAAUAUGUAUGUGUAUAGUUUUUACCACAGUGGAUGUAUAAUAACUUGGCAUCUUGUGUGAUGUUUUACACACAUGAGGGCUGGUGUUCAUUAAUACUGUUUUCUAAUUUUUCCAUAGUUAAUCUAUAAUUAAUUACUUCACUAUACAAACAAAUUAAGAUGUUCAGAUAAUUGAAUAAGUACCUUUGUGUCCUUGUUCAUUUAUAUCGCUGGCCAGCAUUAUAAGCAGGUGUAUACUUUUAGCUUGUAGUUCCAUGUACUGUAAAUAUUUUUCACAUAAAGGGAACAAAUGUCUAGUUUUAUUUGUAUAGGAAAUUUCCCUGACCCUAAAUAAUACAUUUUGAAAUGAAACAAGCUUACAAAGAUAUAAUCUAUUUUCUUAUGGUUUCCCUUGUAUCUAUUUGUGGUGAAUGUGUUUUUUAAAUGGAACUAUCUCCAAAUUUUUCUAAGACUACUAUGAACAGUUUUCUUUUAAAAUUUUGAGAUUAAGAAUUCCAGGAAUAUUGUCAUCCUUUGAGCUGCUGACUGCCAAUAAGAUUCUUCAAUCUCUGGGAUUUAUGCUCAUGAACUAAAUUUAAGCUUAAGCCAUAAAAUAGAUUGUUUUUUAAAAAUGGAUAGCUCAUUAAGAAGUGCAGCAGGUUAAGAAUUUUUUCCUAAAGACUGUAUAUUUGAGGGGUUUCAGAAUUUUGCAUUGCAGUCAUAGAAGAGAUUUAUUUCCUUUUUAGAGGGGAAAUGAGGUAAAUAAGUAAAAAAGUAUGCUUGUUAAUUUUAUUCAAGAAUGCCAGUAGAAAAUUCAUAACGUGUAUCUUUAAGAAAAAUGAGCAUACAUCUUACAUCUUUUCAAUUAAGUAUAAGGGGUUGUACGUUGUUAUUUGUUAUAGUGCUACUCCACUUUAGACACCAUAGCUAAAAUAAAAUAUGGUGGGUUUUG